UCACCGCAAGGAAGGUAGCCAACAACACGUUCGUCUGGUUAAUCUCCCAGCAUUUCCUUGAUUUUCCUCUUCUCUCUGCGAUGUUAUUUCCAUAUUUCUCGUCACUUUCUCUGACAAAAACUCUUAUUUUGAGCAUACUUAGUUUCUUGGCCAAUAGACUAUUCGCGGAACACGUGGCGUUCGAGUUGCAGACGAAGAAAAGCGCGAGCGUGCGAGCAAGAAGAAGCAGAAGAAGCGUGACCUCGACAGCCGUUUGGAAGACACGCUGCAUAGGGCCCUGGCGAACCGCUCGCAGCAACGAAUCGACGACGCCAAGCGUGAACCCAUCCAUGUCCGAGGACGACGAGACGCUGUGGACGGCCCUCGACUCGACUCCUCCGUUGGAAAUCCCGAGGCACACGGACAGUCCCCGAUCGGUCCGCGUGGACAGCGCGUUCCGGCUCUCAAGGAUCUCCCGGCCCAGGCGGUCCAGCGACCACUCUCGGCGCAUCUCCUCCCUGCUCUACCGGAGCCGCAAGCACUCCUCGUGCAUCUUCUUCUACGGCGCCGUGUUGCUCUCGCUGGUGGUGCUGUCCAGCUUCGUCGUGCUCUUCUUCCUCCGCGAGAUCAAGGCCGUCAUGGUGGCCCGGCACACGGCCGACGUGUGCGGCACCGACGACUGCAUGCUGCACGCCAGCGAGCUGCGCGCCCGCAUGAACGCCGCCGCCGACCCGUGCCACAGCCUGCACGCCUUCGUCUGCGGCGGCGGACCGCGGGCCUCGCAGCGCGACGAGGAGCGGCGAUCGACGCGAAUGUACGGCGAGGUCAUGGCCUACGACUCGCAGAAGUACCGCACGGCCGGCAACUGCAGCCACAGCGAGUCGCGCGCCGACGCGAAGGCCCAGACCGCGUACGCGGCGUGCCUGAAGCGGACGCCUUCCGAAUUGGGAACACAAGCGGCCCACUUCGUGGACUUCAUGAAGGAGCGACGCAUACCGUGGCCAAACGACCCUCCGGAGGACGUCGACCUCCUGGACGUCCUGCUGGAUCUGGUGAUCAACUGGAGGGUCGCCCUGCUCUUCGACCUGAGACGAAGCACGAGAAAGUUCCACACGGCCAGCCUCGUGUUCCAGGAGCCCGGACCGUUGAUCGAACUACGAAGGCAGCAGGUGGGUCACGUAUACGAGAACGAAGAGGACACCGAGCAGCUGAUCACGAGAGCCGCAACGUUCCUCGGAAAACGCAGAGGGGAGAUCACCAAGGAGCAGAUCGACGCCUUGCGUCGCGACGAGAUGACGCUCACGUCGAAUCUGGCAGCAUGCAGCGACGAACGCGGAAAUGACGUCCUCGUCACCCUGAAACACAUCCAGCACAUGGCUCCCAGCAUGAAGCCCCAGUCCUGGCUGACGCUUCUCAAGCGCCACCUGAACGACGACUCGUUGACGUCAGAAACGACGGUCUUCGCGUACGACGAGCAGCGCCUCGAGGCCCUGUCAGAAGCUCUCACUUUGCUACCUCCAGCGAGAAGUCUCAACGUGGUCGGGUGGCUGUUUGCCUACGCUUACAUCUGGGUCGUGAACCCCGACUUCGAUCAGCUGCGGCCCAGCGGCGACAACGAAUCUAACCACACGCUGAACAAGAGCCUCUGCUUUCUCGCAGUCCACGAAUCGUUCGGCCAGCUGCAAAUACUGCACAACUUCGUGAAGCGCUUCGAGCACGGCGACAUCCAGAUGACCUCAAAAGUGCUGCAGAACACCGUCGACACAUUUGUGCAGCUGGUCCAAAACUCGGACGCCAUCACAGAGCCGGCCAAGGCGACGGCUGUGGCGAAGAUCAAAAGUCUGUGCCAAGAACGAUGUGCCGUGAGAGUGUCGAACAGGCGUAUCCUGGACUGGCUGUACAGAAGCUUUCCCAACAGCUCUUCGAGCUUCUUCGACACCUGGCUCAGCACACGAAAGGCGCUCGUGGCCCUGCUCAAGUCCGGGAAUCCUCACCCGGUGAUGACGGCCCGCUUCAAGUGGCGUACGCAGAAUAUCCGCUACCUGCACUCCAUCAACUUCCUGCAGGUCAGAAUGUUCGCCUUCUACCCACCCUCCUUCUACAUCCACGGCUCGCCCUCGAUGUCCUACAGUGGAAUGGGCUUCCAGAUGGCCAGCAGCAUCGCCAAUGCCAUCGUCGGACGUGGCCGAAGCAUCGACGAGGGCCUCUCAAGACGCUUCUGGUGGUCGCCUCUCAAAAGAUGCCGUUGGGACGAGGCUAGCACGGUGCACGACAAGCGCUUCAUUAAGGAACUGUUCGCCCUCAAGCUGGCCGUCAAAGCCCUGGAAAGCACGGCUGCCGGUGACAAGGCGUUCUUGCAGCUGCAGCCCUUGGAGACACUGACGGGCAGGCAGACCUUCUACGCCAGCUUCUGCAGCCGGUUCUGCCAUCGCGUCGAUGGCGAAAACUGGUGCAACCUCGCCAUGCACGAAGACGGUUAUAGCCGCGCUUUUGGCUGCCAUUCCGUGUGGCCCAGAUACAUGAAAGUCGAUCCAGAGUGCCUCGUUGUGUAGCGGUGCACAUGGGGCGCUAUUUCCGCUUUUCAUGUGCGCAUUUCGAACUGCGCCAGCGAGGGACAUGUGUUCCGCGAUGACUGAGUUAGCUCGAAUGGAAUGCUGGCCAAUGUUAUGUGAUUUAUACCUAAAGAAUUCCUUUAAUCUAACCUGUUCGUCACGUGAAGCACCCAGCAACAUCUUUCAUUUUCUCUACUACUAGUUAUAAGUCCGACGCAUAUUUCCUUGUUCUUCCUGUCGACCUGUGUUGUCGCAGCGGGCAGGUAUAGUUACUUUUGAUCUCUCGACUCACUCGAAGUGUGUUCAUUUCCAGAGUCAGCGUUUGCUUUUCGCGACGAGGCAGCAAUGAAACUAGUCUGAAUUGGAUUACGCGUGAAUAAUACAGAGAUGUUACUAAAGUUGUAAAAAGCCAACAGUUACGGAAUCAAAACUCUUUGCAUUGUUUUGCGGCACUGAAUUUUUCAAGUGCAACGAUCAGCCUCUCAACCAGUGCA